UCUUUUGUCGCUUAACCCGGUGAACUUUGUACGGAUUUCGUUUUUAUUUGCGGUGCUAAGAAGUAGAGUGUUACAGAGUGUGCACAUUGUCUAUCUGUCAUUGACCCAUCUUCCCUUACUCCCCCCCUCCCCUCUUCUGUCUUCCCGCCGUCACACACAAACGCACACGUUGUCCAGUGUCUCAUCCCAUUUCCAAACGCCCUUGUAUCGGAACUACGACACAACUCACAAAUAUUCGGCCACCAAUCAGAAUGGAGUUCGUAAUCCACACCAGCCAAUCAUCGUCCGCGAUUCCAGCCGAACCCCCUUAUAUCUUACACAACUGGCAUCAAGAGAGACUGUUUAAAAAGGGAAUCUGCAGGGCCAUACCUCAGCCUUGUGCACUUGAAUACGAAAUUGAAUAUCUGUUGUGUCCGGUGAUUUGUAAGGACUUUCUUACCUGUGCCACGUGAACAUUCCUCAGCAUACAUCGAAGCGAGGAGCAUCUAAUCUAUUGAUCUUGUGAAGCUAACCAGCUGAUUUACGUACCGGAAUAAUUUGCAUUGUCAGAGGAAGAAGCUUGAAACACACUUGGACUUGCUAACAUCAAAUUAUGCAUAUCAGGUUGACCCAACCCCAGAUCCAGUCCUCCACAGCGGCUGUCGUCGUUCUCAGUGUACUGUUGUACUGGAGCAAAGAUGUCGUCGACUUCCCCAUCACCCUCAUCCACUUCGUCCUAAUAGGCAGUUUGGCCCUUCAUUUCGGGUCACAGCUUUGGGUGACGUUCAUUGCUGGGUUCGUCAUGUUCCGCGCCUUACCUCGCCAGAUGUUUGGUGAGGUCCAGAGCCAGCUGUUUCCUCUCUUCUUCCUUCUCAGCCUCACCAUGUCUGUUAUCACCAUGGCAACCUACCUCUUGACGCUCAAAGCCGAUACCUGGACGCUUUCGCAACUAGUACAGGUCUGUGUGUUAGGAAUUGGUUGCUUAGCAGCUUUUGCCAACUGCCUUGUUUUCGCCCCUGGCACGAUCAGCGCGAUGAUGGAACGUUGUGACGCCGAAACUAAAAUGGGCGUGUCCAGCGUGGUCGGGAAGAUUGACAGCCGGUCUUACAGCAAAGAAAACGCCAAAUACCGCGAGAUUCACAAACGGUUUAUACGUUGGCACUGCUACAGCAGCUUGGCAAACGUUGUGACCUUGGCGUCCAAUUUGGUGUUCAUGUAUUACUUGGCGUCAAAGCUCGUGCUACGUUGACGUUGUAGCGUCAGUCAUUAAAAACAUUAAUAGUUCCAAAGCGUGCGUGACAACGGUGAGUUAAUCGACCAACGAACAUCCGGUCUGAGUGUUUGACCAAGACCCAGACCAAGACUGGAGGCGAAGACGAGGUCAUCGUAGGUUUUUCAUGCCGCAUACUUGCCGUGCUCCACCCUUCUCUUUGAUGGCCAGUUGAUAGUGUAUUUAUUAAACAUUAUAGAAUAAAUGGAAUAAAUCAUGUUACGUAAAUGUUGCCACAUUUAAUUUAUUUUGUCUCCAUUGAAUGUUAUUGAAAGGUAACCUAUACACUUUACUCAUUGCGUUCUGGGAUAGAAUGUACAUUGCACGAUGUGAGUGGAUGUUUUGUUAUGGAUCAAAGUGCUGUUUUAACCACCUUAACUACACAAACCCCGUUUGUUCACUCAGAAUAAUUAAUGACCAGUUUCAAGGAUGUCCAUAUUCGUCCUGAUAAUUCUUUGAUGUGCGAUAUAAUUGCAUAUAGUGAGGUUUUACCCUUUUACUGAAGCAGUUAUUUUUUGCGGAUGUAGUUGUUGAAUACCAUUAUAGGCCCUACACGUUGUUCACAUGUGUACAUUACGUGUGAUUCCUUGUUAAGUCCGUCGUCUGAGUGCUCCUACGAUUUCAAAGUUUAGAACUUGCUCAAAUGGAUUGCACAUUAAACCCGAAUUUCGAAAUCAGCUAAUCUCACUGUGGGAAUUGUUGAAUAGACUUUCGUUAGGACAAUAUCUCUUCAUACAAUUUCUAUCUUGCGAUAAAAAUCGAAUCGAAUCAAUGUUGGCACGAGUUGGUUAAAUUCUGUAAUUGUACCUGACAAAUGGUAUCCUGUGGUCACAGUCGUAUGUUAUGCAAUAUGUUAUGUAUUUAAAUACUGUCCCAAUGCCAACAUUUAUGUUGACACAUAAGCAUUUGAGCAAAUAUGGGACAUGUCUGGAGUGUUGCCCAUAGUGUAAACCGAGUGUUUACUAAGAUUUGUACUGUAUAGACAACGUGUGUUUUGAAAUACAUGACAACUGACGUGCGCUAAAUACAUGACGUUUAUUUUGUUUACAUUCUUGACUGAGUUGUCAGCAGUGAAUGUAUACAUUUAUGUUUGUUUGGGUUUCAACAACGAUGUACAAUUGACAUUUAAUAUGUAUUUUGUCGUUCUUUAUUGUAUUUUGUUGAUUUUGUCCUUUUUUAUUUUCUCCUUAUUGGGAACUUGUAUAACACUCGCGAAUAAAACUUUGCCAAUGA